CGGCCGGAGAGUAGCUGCCGGCGGCACCGUCCCGCCGCCGUCGCCCAUGGCGAGGAUGGCCGCGCCGCGCCGGCCGCUGGCCGCGGGCCUGUUGCUGCUGCUUCAGCUGCAUCACACCAGCGCCGCGGCGUGCGUUGGCUGUGUGGUUCAGAACUGCAUUUGCGAGGGCGAGAAGGGCUACAUCGGCAACCCGGGCAUCCCGGGCCUGCAGGGCUCGCCCGGGUUUCCGGGUGACACGGGCCCGGAGGGCCGGAUCGGUCCGGCCGGGAUGAAGGGCACCAGAGGCCUGGAGGGCGACCAGGGCGCCAAGGGCUUCCGCGGCCAACAGGGCGUCGCCGGAUUCAGGGGCGCCCCCGGAAUACCGGGUCUGCCCGGAGACCAGGGUCAGCGGGGAGCGCUCGGUUUUCCCGGCUGUAACGGCACUGACGGCCAGCCGGGCCUGCCCGGUCUGCCCGGACUCAGCGGACCGCGAGGACAGCCCGGUUCGGCCGGACCACGGGGUCCCUCCGGAGACCCCGGCGAAGGCGGUAUCAACUCAGUGGGAAUCAAGGGAGAGCAGGGUAUCUCGGGUCGGCCCGGAGCGGACGGUUUGCCGGGCCUUCCCGGACCGAAGGGCUACGCUGGAUACACUGGCGACGCAGGAUUCAUGGGUUCUCCGGGGCCUGCCGGCUUCCCCGGCCCCAGAGGUAUGCAGGGAGACACCAAGAUCGGGCCCAAAGGUCAGAAGGGCAUGCAGGGCGAGCCCGGCCCGCCGGGAAAGAAGGGCACGGAAAGAAGGGUCUCUGGAAAUGUCACCAUCAUCACACCGCCUGCAGGUAGUCCCGGGGGGCGUGGCCCGCGCGGUGACAAGGGCCCCGACGGUCCCCCCGGGCCGGACGGGCGGCCAGGGCCCCGUGGCCUGCCCGGCUUCAAGGGCCAGCGCGGUGGGCGCGGCGGCGACGGCCGCAGGGGCAAGCAGGGUCGCGCCGGCCCGUCGGGCCCCUACGGCGACAAGGGCGACAAGGGCGCGCCGGGCUUCAGCGGUCGUGACGGUCUGCCGGGCAGGGAAGGUCUGCUCGGCGAGCCAGGCCAGCCCGGCCGGCCCGGCCGCCAGGGCGACAUCGGAGAGAAGGGCCUCUACGAUCCCAACAUCGCGCGCACUCUGAAAGGCUCCACAGGAGUGCAGGGCGAUGUCGGCUUCCCGGGACGGCAGGGCGACCGCGGUCUGGACGGCCGCGACGGUCAGGAGGGCUACCGCGGCGUGACCGGCCCGCCCGGGCCGCCCGGACCUCCGGGAGAGGCCGGCGCGCCCGGACUGGUCAUUCCGGGACAGCCCGGAGACGACGGCUAUCCGGGACCGAUCGGGCCCGCCGGCCCGCCCGGAGCGCCCGGAGAGGCCGGCUUCCCCGGACUGCAGGGCGGCCAGGGGGAGACCGUGGAGGGCCCGCCGGGCCGGGAAGGCGUCCCCGGACGGCCCGCUCUGGACGGCAUGCCUGGAGAACGCGGAGACCCCGGAUACCAGGGUCCGAAGGGCAUGCCCGGCAUCGGUGUGCCGAUCAAGGGUCCUCAGGGCGCGCCUGGUCUGCGGGGCCCUCCCGGAUUCCCGGGGACACCCGGAGUCGACGGACGGGACGGCUUGCCCGGAACCCCGGGCCCGCGCGGCGACGACUGCCAGCCCCAGGACCUGUCACCCUGUGAGAAGGGUCGGGCCGGGGAUGCCGGCCGGCCGGGACUGCCGGGCUCGCGAGGACCGCCCGGCAGACCGGGACCGGACGGUUUCCAGGGACCGACUGGCCUGCCAGGACCCAUCGGCUACCCGGGACUGGACGGACUGCCGGGUGCUGCCGGUCUGGCGGGUCGACCCGGUGACCCGGGAGCCCCUGGCAUCCUCAUCUACGAGUCCGGGAGGAGCAGCCGCGGUCCGCCCGGGGAGAGGGGCGAGCCAGGACCCGAGGGUCCACCAGGAGACGAGGGUCUACCCGGCACAGACGGCAUGCCCGGGCCCUCCGGACUGCCAGGCUUCAAAGGCGCCCUGGGCGACUACGGUGACCAGGGCACGCCGGGUCGUCGCGGACUGGACGGCCGGCCGGGUCUGGACGGCAGGGAUGCAGACGAGAGCCGCAAGAGCCUGCUGAAGGGCGACCGUGGACUGGAGGGAUUCCGCGGUCGUCGAGGCUAUGUGGGAGACGAAGGUCCACCCGGAGAGCCCGGAGAGUCGAGCGCCAACCUCUACCAGGGGUCCAAGGGCGAGCCCGGAGAACCCGGCCUGCCAGGUCGGGUGAUCAAGGGUGCCAAGGGUUUCUCUGGCGAUGACGGCCUGCCGGGCAGGAGAGGUGCCCGCGGCGGUCCCGGCCGAUCACAGCGAGGCGGCCUGGGCCUCAAGGGGUACCCGGGCGUGGCUGGGGAAAGAGGUCCGGCCGGCCGGCCCGGCGCGCCAGGACUUCAGGGGCCGGAUGGAAGGCCGGGCCAGCCUGGUCUGCGCGGUCUGAGGGGAGACGACGGUCUGCCGAUCCUGACCGGACGUCCGGGAACGCCCGGAGAGCCGGGAGCGAUCGGCGACCCCGGCCUGCCCGGCCCCGACGGCCAGCCGGGCCGGCCGGGGCCGCGCGGCCUGCCCGGCACUGACGGGGAGAAGGGCGCGCCAGGGUUCCAGGGACGGCCGGGCAGACAGGGACCUCGCGGACCGCAAGGAGACCAGAUCCCCGGGAUGCCGGGCCGUGUCGGACCGAAAGGUCUGCGCGGACUGCCGGGCAUGUUCGGCUUUCCGGGUCAAAAGGGCUUGGACGGCCUGCCCGGAGGCCCCGGAUUAAAAGGACAGCCUGGAGAUGACGGCUUCCCCGGCUUCCGGGGCAUGGAGGGCCAGCCGGGAAGGCGCGGUCUGCCCGGCCGGCCGGGACGGGACGGGAUCGGCGGCCGGCCCGGGCCGAAGGGAGAGCGGGGAGAGGACGGUCCGGCCAACGGUCCGGCCGGCCCGAAGGGCUACCCUGGCCGACCGGGUUACAACGCACCACCUGGUCCGCCCGGUGACGACGGUCUGCCCGGCGGACCGGGCCCGGACGGCGAGCCGGGUCUGCCCGGACCGCGCGGCGACUACGGACCGCCGGGACCGGCCGGCCAGCCGGGCGAGGACUCGGACCGCGGCCUGCCCGGAGAGCCCGGUCCGGACGGCCAGCCCGGCCAGCCCGGACGGCGGGGACUGCCCGGCGCCACCGGCCCGCCCGGAGAGCGAGGAGAGCCCGGAGAGGGCCUGCCCGGUCUGGACGGCCGGCCCGGCGAGCCCGGAGAGCAGGGACGGCCCGGCGGCUUCGGGGCGUUCGGGCUCAAGGGUAUGGCCGGUGACACUGGUGUGCCGGGGCCCGACGGCCUGCCCGGUGACCAGGGCUUCCCAGGGCGGCCGGGCCGGUCGGGCGCGCGCGGCCUGUCCGGCCCGCAGGGGGAGCGGGGCGACGCUGGACCGGCCGGACCCCCGGGACUGCGCGGCCGGCCCGGCAUGGUCGGACUGCCCGGCCUGGUCGGACGAGCAGGUAUGGUUGGUAACCAGGGCCUCCCAGGACGCGACGGUCGUCCAGGUUUCCCCGGCUCCAAGGGCCAGUUCGGUCAGUCCGGUCUGCCCGGCCAGCCAGGCCUUGACGGCUUACCGGGCGACGAGGGUUUCCCUGGCCUGAAGGGCGGCCGCGGCCGGUCCGGCAGCCCCGGCUUCCCGGGCCUGAAGGGCGCCCGCGGCCAGGCCGGCGACGUGGGCGGCCCGGGACCGGACGGCGAGCAGGGCCGGCCCGGCGCCGACGGAGCUCCCGGCGACCCCGGUCCGUCGGGGCGCGACGGACGCGUCAUCGGCGGCGACCAGGGCGACUCGGGCGAGCCGGGACUCGACGGUCCCGACGGCCUGCCCGGCUUCCCGGGCCAGAAGGGCGCGCCGGGCGACUACGGUCUGGCGGGUCCGAGGGGUCUGGACGGCAGGCCGGGCGGCCCCGGCGGCCCCGGCGCCAAGGGGGAGCAGGGCGACCCCGGCCGCUCGGGUCUGCCGGGCCGCCGCGGUCAGCCGGGCACCAUGGGCAGCCAGGGGGCGCGCGGAGAGGACGGAACGCCCGGGAUGACAGGAGAUCCCGGAUUCGACGGAUUCUACGGACUGACUGGUAUGAAGGGUGACCGCGGUCGUCCUGGACUGCCCGGCAUUAACGCCCCGCCCGGACAGAAGGGCGCCGUCGGCGACCCCGGCCUGCCCGGUCCGGAUGGUCCACCAGGCCUGGAUGGCCUGGACGGCUUCGACGGCCGCCCGGGCCUCCCCGGCUUCCCGGGCCCCACUGGCCAGAAGGGCGCCCCCGGAGACUUUGCCGGCUACGGCUUCAAGGGCGCUCCGGGCGAGCCGGGCCCGGACGGGUACCGCGGCGCGCCCGGCGCCCCCGGACCCAUGGGCAAGCCGGGCCGCGACGGCUUCCCCGGCCGGGACGGAGACGAGGGUCUGUCCGGGUUCCGCGGCCGCGACGGGCCGCCCGGACCGAAAGGCAUGGCCGGCCUGCCGGGACUGGACGGCGUCACGGGCGCCACUGGCGAGCCGGGGCGGCGCGGGCCCGACGGCGACGACGCGCCGCCGGGACCGACGCCGAGCGCGCGCGGCUUUUUCUUCACCCGGCACAGCCAGACGACGGCCCUGCCGCGCUGUCCGCCGGGCACCACCAAACUGUGGGACGGCUACUCCCUGCUGCACGUCACCGGCAACACCAAGGCGCACGGCGCCGACCUCGGCACUCCUGGCUCGUGCAUGCGCAAGUUCUCAACCAUGCCGUACCUGUUCUGCAACAUCAACAACCAGUGCGAGUACGCCCAGCGCAACGACUACAGCUACUGGCUGAGCACGCCGGAGCCCAUGCCCAUGAUGAUGACGCCCAUCCGAGGCAACGACAUCCCCAAAUAUAUCUCCAGGUGCUCGGUGUGCGAGGCGGAGACUCUGGUGAUCGCCAUUCACAGCCAGAGCAUGGACGUGCCCGAGUGUCCGGAGGACUGGGAGAGCGUCUGGAUCGGAUACUCCUUCCUCAUGCACACUGACGCCGGAGCAGAGGGCGGCGGCCAGUCGCUGGUCUCUCCGGGCUCCUGUCUGGAGGACUUCCGACCGUCUCCGUUCAUCGAGUGCCACGGCCACGGCCGCUGCAACUUCUUCACCACCGCCUACUCGUACUGGCUGGCCACCAUCGACGACUACGCCCAGUUCCGGCAGCCGCAGCAGCAGACCCUCAAGGCCGGCAACCUGCGCUCCCGCGUGUCCCGCUGCUCCGUCUGCCGUCGCCAGAGACCGCGCUUCGACGCACGGCCGCCGUUCGAUCGCGGCUCGCCGCGCCGUCAGCCGUUCCCGCAGAGAAGGCCACUGAGAGGCUGAGCGCCCGCAGCCGGCCGGCCGCUACCGCCCUGACAUCUGGCGAACGCUGGCCGAACGCAGGCUGUCACUGAAGCCCGAUGGGUGGCGGGACGGGUGCUGUUGGGUGAGAGGCGAACGAAUUCAUAGUAGCGGAUCUAUGGUCGAUCCGGGUGAUGAAACUCAUGUGUUCAUCGGAGCCACACUGUCCGUAUUGCUGUUGCAGAUAUGGAGACGAUGAAUCGAAGUAGGGCUCUGAGCAAUAACCGCUUAUGACAAUACUUUCUGGAACUUUGUACAUAUUCAGAUCUACGGCGUGCAAGUCGUCACGCCUGGUGCCUUCCGUCGCUGCAUAUCUUAUUCGAUCAGCUUAAAUCUCAAGAAUACCGAGAACCUCAUUUUUCUUUCUGUCUCAUUGUUUGUACAUUGCUUUCUAGACAAUGUUCGGCACCUAAUUUUGAUAGAUGCCUAGUGCCUGCUGAAAUUGGGCGCGCAUAAUUGCCAUGCAUCGCUCAAUUUGAGCACAAAAUACUUAUCAUUUGGGGCAUCGUUCACAAUCAUAUCAUGGAUUGGCAAUGACGACAAGCUUGCCAUUUUCGGGUCGAGACAUUUGAUCGUUUUCUAUGCGGGGAAGUUUGAAUGCUAUCACUGCCAGUUUAGGUAUAUAUAAACCGCCUCACUGCCAAGACGCAUGACCUCGUGCCUCGUGCAGAAAGGGAAUCGGUUUCUCGCUUGCUCGUUGUACCUGUUCUUUUCAUAAUCUCGAUUAUUGUUGAUCUGCUAGGGUGAUGUUCAUUGUGGAGCGUCGCCCAUUCUUUUGUAUGUCUGUUUUGGCUAACAUCGAACACGAGAGUUUCGUCGCAUAUUAAUCGCAACAUGUCGCUAGAAACGGAACUCGAAUAAAAAUGAUCAAUGGAU